AUGGACUGCGCUCAAGACGGAUAUUUUUAUCGCUGCUACUCCAAUCGAAGUGCUGGCGAGCUGAGGUCUGGAAAGUAUCACGAUGGUCAUCUACCAUUGACCAAGGAGGAUCGCCUCCAUGAAUUCAAUAUUCAUCGGGAUCGAAACAAUAAACAGCCUACCGCUCUUGUUUCCGUCACCGACCGCCCCCUUGAAGCUCUGCAUCGCGCUCUAGCGAAAUAUUACGACUCCGAUGAAGACCCAGGAAGGAUCUGGAUUGUCAUUAUUAGAGUGCCGGAUGGUGCAGAUAAUAAUGGCCCGCGCCACGCUGGGAGCCUUGCGCAGCAGAUAAAUCUAGAUGCUGACAUCUUCCAACAUGAAUAUGUUUUUGAAUGGGAAAUUCCUCAGCAAUACGUGGAGCAUGUUGUUUCUGUCAGGACGCUACUUGGCAGGCGAAUUGGACGCAUAAUAGACUUGGGCUUUCCAGACUUCCGAACGACGCGAGACGCCUUGGUCAAGGGAAUCCUGGAUUCUGACGACGCUUACGGCACAGGGCGUUUGCUAGGGAGUUUGGCUCAAGCUUUUGGGACUGGGACAUACACAUACGAAAUCGCAUUGCAGACUCUUCAAAACUGUCUGAGUGUCGGUAAGAUCGAUGAAGAUCACCAGUAUGUCCAUUAUGGUGGAGGUCUUUGCAGGAGUCUUGGGUUUAAUGCUAUAUGCUCUAUUGAACUCGGGAUCCAGGAUCAGCUUGACUGGUAG